AUGGCUUUCGACCCUCACAACGUCGACCUAACAACCGCCGACGCAGCCGAAGUAGUCUGCUACCUCGAUGCCUCAACCAACGAAUACAAUGGCCAGCUCGGCGCUCGCGUCUCCUCCAUCUUCGUAAUCCUAAUCAUCUCCUCCGCGGCCACGUUCUUCCCGGUGCUCGCCAAACGCGUACCCCGUCUUCGCAUCCCAUUAUACGUCUACCUCUUCGCCAAAUACUUCGGUGCAGGAGUUAUUAUCGCCACAGCCUUCAUCCACCUUCUCGAUCCCGCAUACUCUGAAAUCGGCGGCGACUCUUGCGUCGGACGAACAGGCCAUUGGGCCGAUUAUUCAUGGUGUCCUGCCAUCGUGCUCACAUCACUGAUGAUCGUCUUCUUAAUGGACUUCGGCGCUGAGCGCUGGGUUGAAGUCAAGUACGGAAUUUGUCGUGAGGACCCGGAGCCGAUUAUGGCUUCUGGCGUGGAUGUCCAGCGCGUGAGCUCAAGACAAUCAAGACGGGACCUCGAGCAUGGUCAUGACCAUGGCCAUGGCCUUGCUGCAGACAAAGACCAGGACAAGAAAAUGCAAAAGGAGAUCGAAAGCCAAAGCCAGCUCUCGGAUGAAUUAAGUAUCGAGCGCAGUUUCAAGCAGCAAAUUGCCGCGUUCCUGAUCCUUGAAUUUGGCGUUAUUUUCCACUCCGUCAUCAUCGGCUUGAACCUCGGUGUUGCAGGUGAAGAGUUCGCAACUCUUUACCCUGUCCUCGUGUUCCAUCAAUCAUUCGAGGGACUCGGUAUCGGUGCCCGAAUGAGUUCUAUCCCCUUCAAGAAGGGUUCAUGGUUGCCUUGGGCCCUGUGUACUGCAUAUGGUCUGACGACGCCCAUUUCUAUUGCCAUCGGACUCGGUGUGCGCACAACGUAUAACUCUGGUUCGUUCACGGCCAACAUUAUCUCGGGUGUUCUUGACUCCGUGUCAGCUGGUAUUUUGAUUUAUACUGGUCUUGUGGAGUUGCUUGCGCGUGAUUUCUUGUUUGAUCCGCAUCGCACCCAGGAUGAUAAGAGGUUGACGUUCAUGGUUCUUUCGCUCUUGCUUGGAGCGGGCAUUAUGGCUCUGUUGGGCAAAUGGGCUUAA